AUGAGUUUCGCUCUUAUGCGUGGUUUUCUACCAUUAAGUCGUAUUGCGCAACCAUCAUUGAUUAAUUCAUAUUUUCUUAAUGCACCAUCAAUGAAAACAAUGUUACCUGUUACUUCUGGAACAGCUAUUCAACCAACAUUCUCAUCACAACUUCAACAUCCAAAAGCAGGCAUGGCUGUACUAACUGGCACUGAUCAUUGGAAAAUGGAACGUGUAGUAGCUAUAGCUAUGCUUGCUAUUAUUCCCGGUUCAUUUGUCUGGGAUGGACCGUUCAUGAAUUAUUUACUUGCUGCAUCACUUGCUAUUCAUUCUCAUUGGGGAUUGGAUACAGUAAUUCUUGAUUAUUGUCCAAGAGCAGCUUUACCAUUAGCGAAUAUGAUCCGGUAUGCAUUGACAGCUAUUGCUUUUGCUGGCCUUUGUUAUUUCAAUUACAAUGAUAUGGGAUUAACAAAAGCAUUAAAAAAACUUUGGGCCUUACAUUAA